UCUUCUUCUGGUUUGGGGGGGAGAGAGAGAAAGCAUGUACAAGUGCAAGUUGCAGGAGGAGUGCCAGGCAAGGAAAUGGGGAUUGCCGAGGUACUCCACGGUCAGAGACGGACCAGAGCACAGGCCACGCUUCCGGUCCUCCGUCUCCGUCAACGGCCAGUCCUUCGACUCUCCCACCGCCUCUGAUACUUCCAGGCGCGCCCAGGACGAAGCUGCCAAGCUCGCUUUCCUUUCCCUCUCUCCUUCGCCUUCGCCUCCAGAGGGAAAGCCAAGCGCCAAUGAUUCUUCCACCGCUGCAAAACAGCAGAUCGUACGACUGUCCGACGGCAAUCACAAUGAUCAAGACGACAACCGUGACGAUUUCCCUGAAACCAAGUCGAAGGGACUCGGUUUCUUGGGCAGCGAUUUGAAAAACCAGUGCAAGAGCCACCUGCAGAAUUAUACUCAGCGGAGAAAUCUCUGUUUGCCUGUAUAUUCCUGUACAUGUGAUGGACCGCCUCAUGCCCGUCGAUUUCAGGCCACAGCUGUAGUUGAUGGAUGUACAUUCGAAAGCCCUCGAUCCUUCAACACUUUGAAGGAAGCCGAGCACGCUGCUGCUGAGGUUGCUCUGAUGUUGUUAUCGGCCGAUAGAUUUCAAGAGGAUGUCUUGGAUUGUCACAAGAAUCUCUUACAGGAGCUAGCACAAAGAGAAGGGUUACCCAUGCCAGUUUACAGCACUACAAGAACCGGUCGACCUCACAGUCCAAUGUUUGUGUCGUCUGUCGUUGUAGGGGGAGAGUCAUUUCUUGGGAAAGAAGGCAACUCCAAGAAGCAAGCGGAGAUGAAAGCUGCUCGAGUUGCUUAUUCCGUUCUGACAGAGAGAAUCGGCGAAUUUUCAGCCGAAGUAGGAGACUCCGAGCCUGAGACCAAAACCAUCCCCACCGGGAUCGACUCAUCUAGUCGAGGAGUGUGCAUAGAGAAAAUGGCUGAAGGUGGAAAUAAUUCCUUCUCAUCCAAAGCACAAGUUUCUUCAGCCAUGGACAUCUCAACUUCUCCUAAACCGGCAGAGUUUGGCCGUUCGGCAAUCCCAUUUGCAGGGUCGAGCCGAGGGACAAGGAGCUACUUGCUAUGUGACCGGGUAAGGGUUUACUCGGGCUUUCCGGAUAUCGCAUUUCCUGAAGGCAUUACUGUGGUACCUAUAGCCGAUGACAAAUGGGUCGCUGCGAGCUUGGAAUUCCCAAAUGACUAAGGCUGUCGGUUUUGCGAAGUUCCUCGAUGAUUUUCUUCUAUGACAUCGGACUGACAUAGAUAUCGGUUAAGCCUCUGUAUCGCUGACCAGUUAUACUUGAAAGGAUCAUCUUUGGACUCUAGAACUCUGUCACAGGCAUUGAUUGGAUUUCUCUGUAUAAGCCUUUUAGAUGCAAACUACAGUCAUCUGAUGUUACUGUU